GAUGACCAGAGACUACGGACAGUACAGGGAUGACCAGAGACUGCGGACAGUACAGGGGAUGACCGGAGACUGCGGACACAGUACAGGAGAUGACCAGAGACUGCGGACACAGUACAGGAGAUGACCAGAGACUGUGGACACAGUACAGGGAUGACCAGAGACUGCGGACACAGUACAGGGUAUGACCAGAGACUGCGGACACAGUACAGGAUGACCAGAGACUGCAGACACAGUACAGGGUAUGACCAGAGACUGUGGACAGUACAGGGAUGACCAGAGACUGCGGAAAGCACAGAGAUGACCAGAGACUGCGGACAG